UGGAUUAAGAAAGAUGGCAGCUCCCACGUCCGACACGCAGGUUGUUCCUGUCAAAAAGGCAACAGGCAAAGGACCACGAAGAGUAGCCAAUCAAAUCCCUGAUGAAAUCCUCGAAGACCCUGAACUUCAGGAGGCCAUCAAGGCCCUCCCUGCAAAUUACAAUUUUGAAAUCCACAAGACUGUGUGGAGAGUGAGACAAGCAAAGGCUAAAAGAGUGGCUCUGCAGCUUCCAGAAGGACUCCAAAUGUUUGCCUGUGUCAUUGCGGACAUUAUUGAGAGGUUCACGGAGGCAGACACUAUUGUGAUGGGGGACGUGACAUACGGGGCCUGCUGUGUAGACGACUUCACCGCUCGAGCUUUGGGAGCCGACUUCAUGGUGCACUAUGGCCACAGCUGCCUGAUCCCUAUAGACUCCACAGCAGGAAUUAAGAUGCUCUAUGUGUUUGUGGACAUCCAGAUGGACAAUGCACACUUGCUGGACACGGUCAAAUUCAACUUCCCCCCAGGACAGUCUCUGGCACUCGUCAGCACCAUCCAGUUUGUGGCAGCUCUGCAGGCUGUGAGUGCGGCUCUCAGGCCUGACUAUGAUGUGCUGGUUCCCCAGUGUCGACCUUUGUCACCAGGAGAGAUUCUAGGCUGCACGUCCCCUCACUUGGACCGCCACGUCAACGCCAUCAUUUAUCUUGGAGAUGGAAGGUUUCACCUGGAGUCAAUUAUGAUUGCAAAUCCAGACAUUCCGGCUUACAGGUACGAUCCCUACAGUAAGGUGUUCUCUAGGGAAUACUAUGACCAUAAUGCCAUGCGAGAGUUAAGGCUCCAGGCUAUUGACAAAGCUCGCUCAGCCCAGAGAUGGGGCCUGAUCCUGGGCUCACUGGGGCGACAGGGCAGCCCUAAAGUCCUGGAGCACCUAGAAUCCAGACUGGAAUCAUUGGGCAGAUCUUUUACCAGAGUCCUCCUGUCUGAGAUUUUUCCCAGCAAGUUGGAUUUGAUGACGGAUGUAGACGCGUGGGUCCAGAUUGCUUGUCCAAGACUUUCUAUUGACUGGGGAACUGCCUUCAAAAAACCACUGCUGUCCCCGUAUGAGGCAGCUGUAGCUUUGCAGGAGGUGAGCUGGAAGGAAGUUUACCCCAUGGACUUUUACUCCAAUCAGAGCUCUGGGCCAUGGACGCCCAACCACCCUGACAACAGGCCAGCGCUGCCCACGCGUAAACAAGCACCGAAACAAGGCUCGGAGCCAGUCUCAAACAAGCAGUGUGAUCGGACCCAGUGUGCCCCCUGUGGCUGCCAAGGAGAAUGACAUUCCACUUCAAGUCUGCCUUGGACAGUUUCAUGAUACUACCUCUGCUACUGCUGGCUGCUGGGGGGCGGUCAGUGCAGAGUGGACAUUUCUGUGUCAAACAUUGAAGCCUUAGUUGGUAAUCUGUUUGCGGCACUAUGAAUAAACGCUUCCAAUGUCCCCAACACUGCUCUUUUCACAUUGAUGUUAGUGAUUCCCAAAUUAUUCACACAAAAUUCCAACUUAGAAAAUAUGAGUUUAGAUCUAGUGCCACCUGAUGUAAACUAGCUCUAAAACAGCUAUAUAAGGUUUAAAGUAAAGAUUUAAAGCCAGGUCUAAAACUGGACUAUAGCAUGACUUGAAUAUUUCUAAAAUACUUUGAUCCUUGGUAUUACAGAUGACAAACAAAAGGCCAACUUAGUGAUGUUUUUAAAUGUUCAUGUGAAUUCACUUCCCAUACAGCAGCCUGUUCACUGCAGUGUUCUGAAAAGAGGGUCUUUCUGUUCUCGCGCUCAGAAACGUGUUGCUCUUUCAGAUGCACAGACAUCAUGUAUCUCUAACUGACUGAGACCUUGAGAGACUUGAUGAAAUAACGCAUAUAAUGUUCACACUGGUUUGAAUUCAUUUCACUUAAUUACAUCCUCUCAAACAUCUGUGUAAUAUACUUUGUUUCCAGAGUAAAUCAAUGUCACACUGUAUAAAAAUAUAUUGUUUAUUUAAAAAAGGUUACAUAACAUAUUUAAUAAAUAAAAUCUAAAUCAGCUAAAUCAGUUACCACAGUUUUUGCCUUUUUGAUCCACGUUUUAAUCCAUGCAUUCCAUCCAUUUAAAUUAAUGCUGCAAUGCUGAAGUGAGGGACUUGUUUAUAAGACUAAGAGCUAUGAGUUUUCUUGAUGCAUGCAGCGCUAGUCACGACUGCUCUCCAUCCUCAUCAUUUAUUGAUGCCAGGGUCUGUCAAUAAGUAAAUAAAUAUAUAAACAUUCUGAUGCUCAUUGGUCUUUGUAGGAAAAACGGUGCAGCUGACUGACAGCUAAUGGGGACCACAUGUGAUCCAGGGGACAUGUGGAAUUGUCCCUUAUCACAUUUGCCUGUUAAUUAAGUUCAGUUCUUUAGCCUGUUGCCAAUUCACUACAGGCAGAUAUGUAUGUAUGACUCAUAUGAAGUCCAUUACUGUAUAUGAAAAAUAUGGACAGAAUUACCACAGUAAAAAUGUGCAUAUGUAUCACUAUGCUGAGAUUCAUGCUGAGAUUAAUAUUCAAUUUCAUCAUGUGAUAAUAACAUGUCUUUAUAUAUGGCCACCGUUGACAACUACAUUUCAUUCAAAUUUCUGCUUGAUUGGAUCUGCUUAGCAACAUGAACUGAGUCCAGCAAUUUGUUUCAGCAGAUGUCUGUACUCUCUUGGUGUGUCUCACGUGUCCCUCUAGUGGCCGCUGAUUUAAGAGCUCUGAACCUGCUACAGUACAGCAAGUGGUGAUUCACACUGGUCAGGAAUAAAUUAUUGGUCUGUUCAGCUCUCGCCUGCUCACCCAACUGAUGUUUGAUUCAUCUGCUGCACCAUAUCAAGGGUAAAUGAGAGGGGCUUCUCAAAUCCUCCUUUCUUAUGCCUAACCAGGACUCCAAAUAUUUG